UCUCUCCCCCCCUCCUGUCACUCUCUCCCUCUCCUACGUACUCAGAGAUGAAUGUUGGACAGACAAGUCUCGUAGAGCACCACGGUUAAGCGUGUGUGUGUGUGUGUGUGUGUGUGUGUGUGUGUGUGUGUGUGUGUGUGUGUGAGGAGAUUCUCACCACCGAGAGCAUUUGACUUCUCUGUUUUCUAUUAGGUUCCACAGUAUUCUCAUGAAUCCUUAUGUGAAGAACAUCCUCAGCAGCAGGAGAACUCCAUUCAAAAAUCGUAGAUAAGGAAGAAUCAGGCCAGCCCAGACAGCAGAAGGUUUCUUGUGUAGAACCUGAAGUGACGUGAUGGUCUUCCAAACUCCAGAAUGCAACGAUAUUCAGAAUCAUCCCUCAACUUGGUUUUAUCUUAUCGUUUUGUGGCUAUUGAAGAUAUGGACAGUGCUAGCUGUCUAAUCUCUGACUGGUGUUGUGUUUAAGUGGAAACAUGAGUGACCUUCAUCCAUCUGCUCCAACCAUGAAGCCCCAGGAUGGGGUCCACCAAAGCAUGUGUCUACAGUUACAGAACAACAACGAUUUCCUCAAAUCCUCCUCCUCAUUAUUAUCGACUUCAUCAUCAUCAUCACCUGACUCUACAUACAGCAUGGAUGCAGAAUUGCCAGAAGGGAUGAUGGGGAGCAAAGCAGCCACCAGUGAAGAUGACUCAGGUAUUCAAAGUCCAGACUGCAGACCUGAUGACAACGACAACUCAGUUUCAGUUUAUUUAGACACAAGUGAAGAAGCCUGGCAUGCUGAACCUGAGGACCAAGAUAACGUUACAACAAUUCAAAGUCAAAACCAUGAGAACGACAAUGUUUUCAACAAUUCUGGUGUUGACGGAGAACAUGGUGACUCCUCAGCUACAGAGGCACAGCUGUUCUCUUCUGAGGAUGAGGAGGGUGAGGACGAAGAAGAUGAUACAUUUUUGUCUAUGAGGUCUGCUGAUGUAUCAGUAAGGAAACAAAGUGAUCCUGAGGAGGUCCAGAUGUGCGGCUCAAACAGGAGACCCAGUGUGGGCUCUGUGAAUAAGCUCCAUCAGGGGACUUUUCAGGAUUCAGUGGAUCAUCCCAAUGAAGUGGACCAGAUGUGCAGCUCAACUACGAGGCCCAGUGCGGACCCGAUUUGUAAGGCUCUUCAGGAACCUUUUCAACAUUCAGUGGAUGCGCCCAAAGAGCAGGGCCAGAUAUCAAACUCCAUGACUACAAGUGUGGACAUUGGGAGUGAACUUUACAACAAGGCUCAUCAGGAGUUAUUAGAAUUUCACAAGGAAGAGGAUCAGAUGAUGUUGUCAGUUGGGUGUCUGGAUGUGGGCCCUGUGAGUCUUCUUCAGGAGUCACUGGAGCUAUACAGUGAGGAGAACCAGAUUCAUAUCUCAGAUGAGAGGUCUGAUAUGUACUUUGUGAGCACAAUCCACCAGGAGGUUGUGCAGACAGAUGAUCUUUCAAAUGAGAAAUAUCCACCUCAACUACCUGCAGAAUUAACACUCAAUCAGACAAUGUUGCCUUUUGUUUCUCAAAGUGCCCAACCAUUUACUCCCAUGCAGAACAUCAAAGACUCUUCAUACUGUCCAAUCAGGAACAUCACACAAAAUACUAAUGAUCCUUCAUAUUUCUCCCACACCAAGUGUCCCAUAAAACCCCUUAAAUUUAAAUCCCCCAAAGUGGACCUCAAACAGUUUUCUAGACCUAAUCUGAAGAGUGUCAACCCUAAAGUUUACUCGAGGCCCACUUUCACUCCAAGACUGAUAAAUACUGAUCAGAAACAAUUAGCUGCAGACUCUGAGAAAAAUUCUCCAACCACUAGACGUAGAGCAACCAUUAGAAGGAAACAAUGUGACACUGGAGUGAAGAAGAACCAUGCAUCUUCUACUCAGGCAAGAGCAGCCAUUCCUGCAACAAUGUCUGACACUGAGAACAAAUCUACAUGGACUCUGAUGGUCAAAAAACAACCACCAGAGCUCCUGGGGUCCAGGGCUGUCACAAAUAUCUAUCAUGUGCAGAAUGCAAGUUCAAUGGUCACCAAAACCGUGAGAGAUGUGAGAGGAAGCCACAUAAAUGAUGUAGAAGUAACGCAGACUUCCAGAGAUGGAGACCAGACCGUCUCCUCUGACAUUCAAACUCCAGGAACAAGGGUCUUGAGCCGAGGGUGUGUGUCUGCUGCAGUCAGAGUCCGAGCAGCUCCACUGUCUGGUGCACCAAAGAUGAGAGUGAUUGACAGCAACUCAACUGCACUUGGCUCCGCCCCUUCUUGGAAGGCUCCUGUAAAAGCUGCCUCUUCCAAGCUGCCAAUCAAAAGCCCGAGCUCCUCCUCCAUGGGCAGCACAGCCAGUGAGAACAAAGGUAUUGCUCAGAUAAUGAAGAGUGAAGAGACGUGCUGUAGACCUUCUUCAUUAUCACAUGGAAAAUCUCCAAGCAUUAAACCUGCAGCAGGCAUCCGCAACAGAUCAAACAAAGCUAACACUGCAGGCCAGAAGGCCACAGCACACAUCAUUCAAUCCAAAACUACCCACAAUGCUCUGCAGCGAGGAGGAUCUGGGAGACCCAACAGGAACUCAUCAACAGUGUGCCAGAGCACCAGAGGUUCCCGAGGAACCCGAGCGUCUCACAUACACCCUGAUGAAGAGGAGAAGAAUCGCUCAAUCCUCCAACUACGCUCCCUCCUCACCCACAGCAACCGCAAACUAGAGGCUCUCGCCGUCGUCGUGCAGCACAUCUUCAGUGAGAGGGAAGAAUCUUUGAAACAGAAUAAGGAAAUCUCCAUCCAGCUGAAGAACCUCAGAAAGGAACUCGCUGAGUCUGCGGCAUGUUGUGAGAGGUUGGAGUGUGAGAAGGCGAGUGUGUGUGUGCAGCUGGACACGGUGGUGUCGGCUCUGCAGCAGCAGCACCAGGCCGAACUCGCUCAGCUGGAGGACACACUCAGGGACUUCUACUCGGCCGAAUGGGACAAAGCCCACCAGGCUUAUCAGGAUGAGGCCGACCGCUGCACUAUGCUCAUGAGGAAGCAGGUGGAGGAGGUGAAGAACAAAGAGGAAGUUCUGAGGGCAGAACAGGAAGUGGAACAUGGGCGGCAGAUAGAUGAGCUGAGACACAGAUACGAAACCAUGCUGACAGAGCUGCAGAAAGACAAUGAGAAAAGCCGACAGGAGCUGGACAACACAUUCAAAAACACUGAGUCUGCGCUCAACGAGAGGAUUGCGAGUCUGAAGGAGCAGAAGGAGAGUCUGAGCGAGCGACUGAGAGAGACGGAGGAGAAGAGAAAAGCGCUCGCGGAUAAAAGUCAGAGAGACACUCGGGUUGUGUAUCUGGAGCAGGAACUGGAGAGUCUGAAAGUCGUGUUGGAGUUAAAAGCUGAUCAGCUCCAUCAGCAGGACAAGAAACUGAUGCAGAUGGAGAAGCUGAUCGAGUCUAACAUGAAACUGGAGGAGUUUGUAACGAAGCUUAGGCAGGAGAACGAGGAUUAUAAAGCUCGCAUGGACAAACACGCAGAAAUGUCCAGGCAGUUAUCCACAGAGCAGGCGAUGCUCCAGCAGACACUACAGAAAGAGUCGAAAGCCAACAAAAGGCUCUCAAUGGAGAACGAGGAGCUGCUGUGGAAACUACACAACGGCCUCUCACCCCGGAACUCUGCCUGCUUUUCCAGCUCCCCUGUUUUGCCGAGAUGACCUUUGACCCUGAACCUUAAUAGCCUUUUAUAUAUAUAUAAAAAAAACACUCUGACUUGUACGGUUUCUUAAAGACCUGACCUUCUAGCAAGAACAUACGUUUGGGAUGGAACCAAUGCUGCACAGAUGCACUUCCAGACCGAGGAACAUGCCUUGCUCUGCCAGACUUCACUUUUUUUUGCUAAUCUUUAUUUUUAAAGGAGGAAACACACCUCAGGGUUUGUAUAUAGAUUUUUUCUCUCCUCAUCUUGUUCUAGCAUUGAGUUUGCAUUUCACUUUGAUUUUAGGAAAUGUGAGGACUGUAUUGUAUUCAUGAGUUUGACAAAGAUGAAGCUUGAAUAUGCUUGAAAUGUAACCAACACAAAACACUGAAUAUAGAAAUAUAGAAAAAGAGAAAAACACACACUUAUAUAUAUUAAUGAUAUAAACGUGAAUGCUAUUUCCUUUUCACGAUCCCAGUUACUAAUCAAUUAACGCAUGCACAGAAAUUCAAAGAACUAUCGGGCCUUCUCCUAAAGCUAUCGAAUGUAUUGUCCUCUCCUGAAGAUGGUUUUAUCUUAAUGACUAGAAACUGGAUCGUUUUACGAUUGAAUUUCUCCUUCAUCUCAAACCCAACGACUUUUACCAUCUUGUGUUUUAUUUCACUUAAUGCAUUAAACGCAAACUGAACACUGAAA